UUUUUUUUUGUCUGAGAGGUCUCUUCCUCAACUACUCGGAAUGAAUCUCGGAGUGAAGAUGGUGCAGAAGAAGGUGGCGGUUCUCUACCAUUACCCUUGCCAUGAUGGUGUAUUCGCCGCCUUGGCAGCUCAUCUCUACUUCGCAGCGAACUCAACCCCUUCCCUCUUCUUCCCAAACACAGUCUACUCUCCAAUCACAAUCAGCCAGCUUCCUCUCCAAGACAUCAGCCAUCUCUAUCUUCUCGAUUUCACAGGACCGCCUGGCUUCGUCCAACAAGUCUCUCCCAAAGUCGACAGUGUAGUCAUCCUCGACCACCACAAAACUGCUAUUGAUACCCUCGGUGAUGUCUCUACCACUUGCAAGAACGUUACCAAAGUUUUGGAUAUAACAAGAAGCGGUGCGACCAUUGCCUUUGACUAUUUUACUCAGAAGCUGAAGGAAGAGACUCGAGGAAACUGCAGAGAGAUGAGUGAUUUCAAGAGGAUGAGGCGUGUUUUCGAGUACAUUGAAGAUGCUGAUAUCUGGAAGUGGAAGCUACCAGAAAGCAAAGCGUUCAACAGUGGGAUCAUAGACUUAGGGAUCGAAUACAAUUUCAAUCAGAACAGUUCACUGUUUCAGCAGCUGCUCUCGUUGGAUCAUGACAGUGUGAUCAACAGAGGAAAAGAGAGUUUGUGUAGGAAACAUAAACUGAUCCACGAGGCGCUGGAACAUUCCUAUGAGAUUGUUCUUGGAGGUGCUGAAGAGUUUGGUCGGUGUUUGGCUGUAAAUGGAGACGAGAUUGCCGAGCUUAGAAGCGAGCUAGGGAAUCAUUUGGCGGAGAAGAGCAAGAAUCUGAAACUCAGAGGUGUUGGAGCUGUUGUUUACAGAGUUCCAGAGCUUGGGGAUGAGACCAAACUGAAGAUAAGUUUGAGGAGUGUUGCAGAAGAAGACACAACAGUGGUUUCUCAGAGAUUCGGAGGUGGUGGUCAUAAAAACGCAAGCUCCUUCCUGUUAAGCUCAACAGAGUUCGAGCAAUGGAAAGUGAAAAGAAACUCUUGUUGUAAUACAUUAAACUAGAGAUGUUUUUUCAUUUUAAUUCUACAUGGAAUGCUAACUUGAACCGGUUUGGUUUACGCAUUGACAUUGAUAAUACAUCUGGUUUUGUAUUGUUUCUUUAGUCUCAAUUCAUGAAUCAGUUUCUUCUUAUGUGA